UCGAUAGAUAUGAUUCACUGCCUCGGUUUUUCUCAUUUGAGUUACUUCAGAAAUGUAAGUGUUGUUGCUAAACAUGUCAAUACUGUAGAUGCAUACUUUCAGAAAAGUGUCUGCCCUGUAGGAAAUUGUACAUCAGUAAAUUUCGGCUACUGUUAAAUUAUGGGGUUGUUAUUGAAAGAUAAACUAAUUGCCAGUGGGUUUUUUUCCCUUAAUAUUAAAGCUUUCGCACAAAAUGGCAAGCUUUCACGAACCUAGUAGAGCAUAAUAUUUUUAUGACGGUACCUAUACAAUCCUCUGGUGAAAACCUCUCUUACAGUUUUACGUUCAGUAUCAACCCGUCAUCCACUGCUAAAAAGACAAAGGAGGGGCAAUGCUCUUUUAUCUUUCAUUUAUAUGUGACAUCAUACUUGGGAAAUAGAAAGCGAAAAUGGGAAUAGUGGCAGGAAACGGGGAUAUGCUGUCACACAGUAAGUGAGCCGACACGGAGAAGAGCAAUAGCGACGUCUCAGUCUGUCACCCUACCAAGCUGAUAUUUGUGACAAAGACGGCAAUAGCAGUAGAAAGAUGAACAGAAGCACACCUCAGAGGGGAUCAUCCUCCAGGAGACAGAGCUCAGUUCCAUCCACACCCUCUGGAGAGCACCAGACAACUCCAUCACUCAGAAGGACCCCAUCCACCCCCAUCGACCUCCAACCUAGCCUGGGCAGAGAGGCAGAGGAUGGUGGGUUUCUGGACGGAGAUGAAGGUAGCCCUAUAGAGGACUCUCAGACUGGGGCAUUGCUGGGUCAGGAUGAUGGAAAUGCCAGUACCCCAGCCACACUCACCUCACACCUCCCUAGGCAGAGACCACACCAGGCAGCCAAGAUCCCCAAACCAGGGGACGAGCUGGCCCCUAUCUCCCCAGAGCUGGCCCGUUGGAUCAGGCUUCGGGCCCAGGACCUUAAGCUCCGCCAGAGUGACCGGCAGUGGGCCGUGGACCUGGUCAACCAUCUCCGGGAAAGCCUGCUGGUCUUCCUCAAGAACAGUGACGAGCAGCCCUACUUCCAGUCAGCCUCUGUGCUCAGCAGUGGCUCAUACUACGAGAUGGUCAAGAUACUCAACCCAAAUGAGUUUGACAUGAUGCUGAAGCUCCAGUCUCCUUCCCGCCUCAAAAUGACUGAGCUGGACCAAUACCACGGCCUCUUCUACGAAGUCGCCCUAUCCCGAUCAACCCGUUCCCACAUACGGUCUUUCCUUUUGGACGAUGGGCUCACCAUCUCAGCCAGCAAGAUCAUAAGUGAAAUGCACCGUCUGGUCCGCAAGUUCAUCAGCACCUACAGAGUGCCUGGAAAUAGCUGGCGUUGGGUUGUGAAUAGGAAGCGUCCAAACUCACCAGCGGUGACCCUUUCCCUGUUGGAGGUGGAUCAUGGGAAACAGGAACUACUUUCUGUGGAUGUGGUGCCCGCCCUGGAAGUGCCCUCCUCACAGGGCUGGCCUCUGGCUGCCCGCGCCGGCCCAGAUGUGGACAACUGGCUGGGGAAGAAGACCCGGCGCUCUCUCACCCACCAAACUUGCUUCUUUGUGCCCAAGAAACCCCCGGGACGAAAUCUUAGUGAGGCAGCUAAAGAGAGUUGGAGGAUUUCCUUUUCUCACAUAGAAAAGGAACUGAUCAAGACUCAUGGGAACAAGAGGACCUGCUGUGAGACCUCUGCCACCAAGUGCUGCCGUAAGCAGUGCUUCAAGCUCCUUAAGUGCCUGAUCGAGGGACUGAAGCAACGCUACCCUCAAGAGCUGGAUGCACUGUGCUCCUACCACGGGAAGACAGCCUUCCUACACACCCUCUCGAUCAGGGCCCAGGACUCCCUGUGGACGCCCCGUCAGCUGCCUGCCUGCUUCAUGCACCUCCUAAGGGCCCUGGAGGGCCACGCAAGAAGUGGUCUGCUCCCCCACUUCUUUGUCCCCACCUCCAACCUCUUUGCCCCACCAACCUUCCCGCGCAAAGCUUUGGUGUUUCUGAUUGAGGCUCUGGAGGAGCAGAGGAGACAGGGGCUUCCCCUUUUAAUGCCCCCGGCUCCUUCCCCACCACUGGCAGUGCACUCCCACAGUGACUCCCAGCCCCAGCUUUCCCCUGUUGUACAGCAGACUCCUGUUAUCCAGUAUCCUGUUAUCCUGCCACCCCAAGUUGUUGAGAUGAAAUCCUUUGAGCAAAUGUUCAAAAUUGUGGCUUUGGUUGUGGUUCUUGUCUAUGUUUGUUACCUCCUGUAGAGGUGUCUGUCCUGCCCAUCGGUGGUAGGAAGGUGGCAGAGACAGUCUAUCUACAGCAGAUGGUGGUAAAAUGACAUGCAGCUGUAGAAAAUGGUAUGCCAUUUUGAAACAGUAUAACAUAGGAUAGGAUUCCAGAUUUGUAUUUCUCUCUAAAUCAUGUCUUUGCUCUAGACAAACACAAUGAAACAUUUAGCCCAAAAGUAAAAAUGUUGUAUUUGUAUAUACAGUGCUUUCGGAAAGUAUUCAGACCCCUUCCUUUUUCCACAUUUUGUUAUGUUGCAGCCUUAUUCUAAACUGUUCCUCAUUAAUCUAGACACAAUACCCCACAAUGACGAAGCGAAAACAGGUUUUUAGAAAUGUAUAAAAAAAUAACAAACAGAAAUACCUUAUUUAUAUAAGUAUUCAGACCUUUUGCUAUGAUUCUCGAAAUUGAGCUCAGGUGCAUCCUGUUUCCGUUGAUCAUCCUUUAUAUGUUUCUACAACUUGAUUGGAGUCCACCUGUGGUAAAUUCAGUUGAUUGGACAUGAUUUGGAAAGUAACACACCUGUUUAUAUAAGGUCCCACAGUUGACAGUGCAUGUUAGAGCAAAAACCAAGCCAUGAGGUCAAAAGAAUUGUCCAAGGAGCACCGAGACAGGUGCAAAAAAAUGUCUGCAGCUUUGAAGGUCUCCAAGAACACAGUGGCCUCCAUCAUUCUUAAAUGGAAGUAGUUUGGAACCACCAAGACUCUUCCUAGAGCUGGCCGCCAGGCCAAACUGAGCAAUCGGGGGAGAAGGGCCUUGGUCAGGAAGGUGACCAAUAACCCGAUGAUCACUCCGACAGAGCUCCAGAGUUCCACUGUGGCGAUGGGAGAACCUUCCAGAAAGAAAACCAUCUCUGCAGCACUGCCCCAAUCAGGCCUUUAUGGUAGAGUGGCCAGAUGGAAGCCACUCUUCAGUAAAAGGCUCAUGAUUCUCUGGUCUGAUGAAACCAAGAUUGAACUCUUUGGCCUGAAUGCCAAGUGUCACAUCUGGAAGAUAACUUGGUCCCUUCCCUACGGGAGAGCAUAGUGGUGGCAGCAUCAUGCUGUGGGAAUGUUUUUCAGCACCAGAGACUGGGUGACUAGUCAGGAUUGAGGGAAAGAUCAACAGAGCAAAAUACAAUGCGAUGCUUGAUGAAAACCUGCUCCAGAGCGCUCAGGACCUGACUGUGGCGAAGGUUCAGCUUCCAACAGGACAACGACCCUGAGCACACAGCCAAGACAACGCAGGAGUGGAUUUGGGACAAGUCUCUGAAGGUCAUUGAGUGGCCCAGCCAGAGCCCGGACUUGAACCCGAUCUAACAUCUGCACAGAGACCUGAAAAUAGCUGUGCAGCGAAGCUCCCCAUCUAACCUGAAAGAGCUUGAGAGGAUCUGGGAGAAACUCUCCAAAGACCAUUGUGCCCAGCUAGUAGUGUCAUACCCAAGAAGACUUGAGGCUGUAAUCGCUGCCAAAGGUGUUUCAAGGGUCUGAAUACUUAAGUACCGACCAAUCUAAAGACUAGAGCUGCCGCUUUCAAGGAGCGGGACACUAAUCCGGACACUUAUAAGAAAUCCUGCUAUGCACUCAGAUGAACCAUCAAACAGGCAAAGUGUCAAUACAGAACUAAGAUUGGAUCCUACUUCACCGGCUCUGACACUCGUCAGAUGUGGCAGGGCUUGCAAACUAUUAUGGACUACAAAGGGAAACUUAGUCGCAAGCUGCCCAGUGAUGCGAGCCUACCAGACAGUCUAAAUGCCUGUUAUGCUCGCUUUGAGGAAAGCAACACUGAAGCAUGCAUGAGAGCACCAGCUGUUCCGGAUGACUGUGUGAGCGAGACCUUUAAACAGGUCAACAUUUACAAGGCCACAGGGCCAGACGGGUUACCAGGACGUGUACUCAGAGCGUGCGCGGACCAACUGGCAAGUGUCUUCACUGAUAUUUUCAAUCUCUCCCUGACCGAGUCUGUAGUACCUAUAUGUUUCAAGCAGACCGCCAUAGUUCCUGUGCACAAGAAAGCGAAGGUAACCUGCCUAAAUGACUACUGCCCCAUAGCACUCACGUCGGUAACCAUGAAGUGCUUUGAAAGGCUGGUCAUGGCUCACAUCAACACCAUCAUCCUGGAAACCCUAGACCCACUCCAAUUUGCAUACCGCCCCAACAGAUCCACAGAUGAAUUAAUCUCAAUCGCAUUCCACACUGCCCUAUUCCACCUGGACAAAAUGAAUACCUAUGUGAGAAUGCUGUUCAUUGACUACAGCUCAGCGUUCACCACUGUAGUGCCCACAAGCUCAUCACCAAGCUAAGGACCCUGGGACAUAACACCUCCCUCUGCAACUGGAUCCUGGACUUCCUGACAGGCCGCCUCUAAGCUGUAAGGGUAGGCAACAACACAUUUGCCACGCUGAUCCUCAACACGGGGGGACCCUCAGGGGUGCGUGCUUAGUCCUCUCCUGUACUCCCUGUUCAACCACGACUGUGUGGCCAAGCACGACUCCAACACCAUCAUUAAGUUUGCUGACCACACAACAGUGGUAGGCCUGACCGACAACGAUGAGACAGCCUAUAGGGAGGAGGUCAGAGACCUGGCAGUGUGGUGACAGGACAACAACCUCUCAAUGUGAGCAAGACAAAGGAGAUGAUCGUGGACGACAGGAAAAGGAGGGCUGAACAGGCCCCCAUCCACAUCGACGGGGCUGUAGUGGAGUAGGUUGAGAACUUCAAUUUCCUUGGUGUUCACGUCACCAACAAACUAUCAUGGUCCAAAUACACCAAGAAAGUGGUGAAGAGACCACGACAAUGCCUUUUCGCCCUCAAGAGAUUGAAAAGAUUUGGCAAGGGUCCCCAGACCAUCAAAAAGUUCCACAGCUGCACCAUCGAGAGCAUCCUGACCGGUCGCAACACCGCCUGGUAUGGCAACUGCUCGGUAUCCGACCGUAAGGUACUGCAGAGGGUAGUGCAUACGGCGCCAUACAUUACUGGGGCUAAGGUUCCUGCCAUCCAGGACCUAUAUACUAGCGGGUGUCAGAGGAAGUUCCAAAAAAUUGUCAAAGACUCCAGUCACCCAAGUUAUAGACUGUUCUCUCGAAGUUCAGGUCCAAAAGGCUCCUUAACAGCUUCUAACCUCAAGCCAUAAGACUGCUGAACAAUUAAUUAAAUGGCCACCCAGACUAUUUGCAUUGACCCCCCCUCCCCUUUGUUUUUACACUGCUGCUACUCACUGUUUAUUAUCUAUGCAUUGUCACUUCACCCCGACCUACAUGUGCAAAUUACCUUGACUAACCUGUACCUCUGCACAUUGACCCUGUACCCCCUGUAUAUAGCCUCAUUAUUAUUGUGUUAUAAUACAUUUUUCUUUGAUCUUAUUUAGUCAAUCUUUUCUUAACUCUAUUUUCUUAAAACGGCAUUGUUGGUUAAAGGCUUGUAGGUAAGCAUUUCAUGGUAAGGUCUACACCUGUUAUGUUCGGCGCAUGUGACAAAUAAAAUUGUAUUCGAUUUUUGAAUUCAGAAAAAAAAGAUGUACCAAAUUUUCUACAAACCUGUUUUAUUGCUUUGUUAUUUUAAUCAAUUUUCAUCCAUUUUAGAAAGGCUGUAAUGUAACAAAUUGUGGAAAAUGUCAAAGGGUCUGAAUACUUUCCGAAUGCACUGACAGUUAUGCAGAUUACCACGAGUAUAGUAGCUACGCAAUGUAUUGUUAACUACUACUCCCAAUGUACAUUUACAUUUUAGUCAUUUAACAGACGCUCUUAUCCAGAGCGACUUACAGUAGUGCAUACAUUUUCAUACUUUCUUUGUACUUGUACUUCAUAACAAACAUUUAAAUAAACAUGAUUAAGUAUCA